UACCCCUCCUUAUCUCGCGUCAACCGUCUAUCUCGGGUUGGUUCCCGACGGGUGUAGUGUUUACAGUGCGCAGAGGACGCGCCGCGCGCUACCCGCAUCAUCACUAAAUGACGCACCGGAUCGCUACAUCAAAGUGCGCUUUACAUCUACAUAACAGCUUCACGCCCGUUCAAUAUAGAUGGAACUGCAUCAUCUAAUGAGUUCAAAGUGAUAUUUCUGUGGUGAUUUUUCUUUUCGGAAAAUGAGUGGAGGAGAAAUCAUCUGUCAAGGGUGGCUUAGAAAGUCACCUCCCGAGAAAAAACUGCGGAGAUAUGCUUGGAAGAAGCGCUGGUUUAUUCUGCGAAGCGGCCGCAUGAGCGGUGAUCCGGACGUGCUGGAGUACUACAAGAGUGAUCAUGCCAAAAAGCCCAUUCGCAUCAUAGACCUGCACUGCUGUGAGCAGGUGGACGCAGGCCUCACCUUUAAACGUAAAGAGUUUCAGGACAGCUUUGUGUUUGACAUCAAGACGGCCGAGAGAACAUUCUACCUGGUUGCAGAGACAGAGGAGGAAAUGAACCGCUGGGUGCGUUCAAUAUGCCAGCUCUGUGGAUUCAACCAGUCGGAGGCCAAUCACCAUGAUGAGAGAUCUACUGCCUCCCACAUUUCCCGUUCUUUGGCUAAUGAUCUGAGCAGCUCUCUGGCUCCUCUGAUUGGCGAACGUAAAAACUCUGUCCCCGCACAUUCCAGCCAGCCAAUGCUGUUCACGUUCGACAUACCUGUACGCCACUCCCACAGUCCUUUGUCUAACAGUGCUCCUCAGGACUACCUCCUCCUCCAUCAGUGCAUGAGCCGCAAGAGUGAGAGCACACGGAGUGCCAGUUUCUCACAAGCCUCACGCAGCAGUCUUUUGGUGGGCAGUGACUCUGCGGUUCAAAGACUCACUCAUGGUUUCUCUCACUGUCUGAAUGGUAUGGGCGCCCAACUUCACGGUUUCUACAGCUUACCCAAACCCAGCAAGCAUCAACAGCCCCCCUCGCAGACAGACUCUCGUGAUACUUGCUAUGUCCUGCCCAGGGGUUACAGCUCUGAAGGGCCCUCGGAGCUUGAAUCAGAGGAUGUCUACACCUAUAAGACUCCCAGUAACACUCUAGCAGCCCCACAUGCCAAUGAACAGCGACCCCUCGAUAACUAUGAUAUACCUAGCAUUCCUGGCUCUGUGUACCAGAUCCCUCGCACAUUUGAUAAGAACCACAAUGCCCUGAUGCCAUCCAGUGCUGACUCCUCAAAUGCGCCCCCUCCCAGACCACCCAAACCCAGCCAAGGCUCGGAGACACGGUGGGGCAGCCCGCUGUCCAUGGGGGCUCAAAAUGGAGACGUAACCACAGCGUCAGUCAUCCCCAGGAGAAACACAUUGCCAGCGGUGGAGAACGUCAAGCUUCACAGAGGAUCCUCUUUUGAGACUAGCAGUCACCAGCGGCCAGUCUAUUUCAAUAACUCUGGUCAGUCAGUGGAGUCUGUCAAUGAUGGCUUCAGCUCUUACCUGAGAACUAAGGCCCCAUUGACCCGUUCCGACAGUGCCGGUUCUGAGGAUAACUAUGUGCCCAUGAAUCCUGGCUCGUCUUCAUCCCCUCUCAGUGCCGCCCUUGCUGAGAGUCCCAAAAAUAAUUACAUUCCCAUGAGCCCAGGUCCUCACCAUUUUGAUUUCCCAGGAUUCUCUGCAACGUUGCCUGCCAGGAAGGGCAGUACAGCGUCAUUAUGUCUCCGACCUGGCCGACUGAGUGACGUCACACCGCCACCAAUCAAUCGCAACCUUAAACCCAACAGGACAGCAAAACCAACACCUCUUGACUUGAGGAACAAUGGCAUUAUUGAUGAACUUCCCUUCAAGAGCCCCAUCACCAUGUCUUGGACCAGACCAAUGCCUAUGAAUUCCAUCUCAACACAGCACUGUCGGCCCAUCUCCACCCAGAGUAUCACCAGCACUGAUUCUGCAGACAGUGAGGAGAACUAUGUGGCAAUGCAAAACCCAGCAUCUACCUCCCCAUCAAUGAGUGGUACCAACAGUCCUGCACCCAGGAAUUGUGGUAAUGUGGACUAUUUGGCUCUGGACUUUCAGCCUGGCUCCCCUGGUCCACACAGAAAGCCAUCAACCUCUUCAGUGACAUCAGAUGAAAAAGUGGACUAUGUCCAAGUUGACAAAGAGAAGACUCAGGCCCUUCAGAACACCAUGCAGGAGUGGACAGAUGUGCGACAGUCAAGCGAGCCAGUGAAAGGCAUCAAGUCUUGAUGUUCAAAUGGUCAUUCACUGGCAAAUAGUGCGAACACUAAAAGUGUUCCUUCAUGUCAUCUAAAAUGCUCUCAUACUAUUACACCAUUAUUUGGAGAAUAAUUUCAUCCAAACUGAUCCCAUUCAUUUGGUGUUUGGAGGACUGAACCUCCAGGACUGUCAAGCAAAGCAUGUUAGAUCUCUUUAACUUUUUAAAAGUUCUGUGCAACCUAACUUAACUAGCUACUUGCUCUCUAUGAUUGUGAGUCAAGAACCAUAAGGGUUCAAUGUGAAAUGGUGCAGUUACAGUCCUUUGGUUUUACUGAAUUCUGAGUCAUUUAAGAAAUGUUUGACCUGUUAAAAAUCAUAUUUAAAGCAGUCUUUUGAACACUGGUCAGAACAGCACAUUAACAAGUCUAUGCAUUUAGUUGCUUUGGAUAUUAUAAAUAAAAAAAUAGACAGGCCAUUAUCACUCAUUUCCUGCUGGCUCGACACCAGAUAUGCAUUUCAAAGUAUCCAGUGGACAAUCCCUUACUUUGCAUGCAGUCUGAAUGGGCAUAAUGUGACUAAAUUGAAGUUGGAGUUGUCUGUAUAACACAUCUCCCUCAAACACAAAGCUUUCCUGGAUGUUACUACAAAAUAGGCUAGAGCAAACAGACAACAAUGCGCUAGUCAUAUAAUACAACACAUCCAAUUUGUUGAUAUCCCUCAAGACAAAGGUUUUUAUUAUUAUUGAAUUUAAUUUUAUUUCAGGUUUUAGAGCAAAUGGCUUUCUAAUUUAAAUAUUUUCUCAAUCAUUAUCAGAAAGAGAGGUCAAAAUAAACCCAUGCUAACCUCACUUUCUUUCAAUCAAUCAUCUGGCUCUAGCAAAAUGUCUGGGUAAUGCUAGCAGCAGAAGCUAUAAAUUAUUACAGCCAUGCUUUAUGUCUAUGGAGAUUAUUGGAAGGUCAAUACACUUUAGAGGUUGCAUGUUUAUAAUAAUAAUACCUUAAACAUUAAAGAAUAAUACAAUGCUCAGUCAAGAUUGUUUUAACAGAUUUGCAUAUAGCAGGGAUUUGAAGUUAAUUUAAGGUGGGGUUUUUUCCAAUGGUAAAAUACGUUCUUCUAUCCCAGUUUAAUGUGCAGAGACAACUUAAGUAAGCUAUUUGUUGACUUGCCUGAAGAGUGUGAACUCAGUGGCUCUCUGAUGCUUUGAACAAUGUGGUUUGUUUGAGCAGCCUAAAAUGUAAACUAGUGGCUCAACCAAUGGCACAAGUCUGAAUACUAUCUGUUUGACUGAACCAUAGCAAAUGAGCCCAGGAUGGAAGGGUAACCUGGUUGGCAGAAUAUAUGGACAACAGUGCCAAUUAUGUAGAAAUGAGUUUGAUGAAAUUUCUUCCUUUUGAAAGCCUAAAUUUGUGAGAAUACAAUAUUAGCAUUAUUAAAAUUUAAGGAGAUACCAUACAAACGUAACUGAAUUUAAAGAAAUAUGUGCUUGCUCAAGGUUAGGGACAAGCAAAACCAUCAAGAAUUGUCUUUUAUAAAUGUUCACUCAUUCGAGAAAGACUGUCGGGAAUUUGACAUUUCAUUCAGUAUUUUAUGGUGGGCUGGGACCUCCAAAUUCAAGAUUUCUAUCAGUUUGGGAGACUCAUUUUUUACUUUGAAUCAUUUCAUAUUCCUAAACCACUUUGUAUUUAGUGUAAACUUUACUUGAGAUUGUGAGUGAUCUGUACUCAUUGCUAAAUAAACCUUACAUAGUUUGUCUGUAAGGCCGAAACAUACUUCUAGCUACGCAAGUUUGAUUUCAUGCGUUGUUGUAUUCCAAAAUUUGUCAGACCGCAAUUCAUAACAAAAUGCAAUUGUUGCUUUCUCAACAUUAAUAUCAAAAAAAGAUCUUGCACCUUAAUCAAAAAUUGUGUGACGUGACUGCAAAUGCUUCAAUCUCAACUUUUAUUUAUCCACAAAAAGAGGGAUUGUCAGCCGAGAUAUCCAAUGUUCUUCUUUUAUUAUUCCAUCAAUACAAAAAUGUGUUUAUAACUAUAGAGUUAUAGUGCUCCAUGCAUAUUAAAAAACACACAAAUAUUGUGGUCCCAUCAUCAUCUGGAGAGCAAAAAAAUUUUUUAAAUAGAAUUAUAGAAAACAUGACAAAUUAAAUUCAUCAUUAAGAUCAUGUGGUUGAACCAUAUCCAAUCAGAAAAUCCACUUACACUCGGAUUACAUUCGGAUUGUUACAAUUUCUGUUCAACAUUGGUAUAUUGAUGCAUGGGAUGUACCAUAUCGAUUCCACAAAAUGACAGUAGCUCUACAAAGUGUCGCGCAACAGGUGAUUUACUAUCAGCUCUACUAAUUGUGCUUCUGUAUUCAUUAAUGUGAAAUCGGAGUUGACGAUUAGAUUUUUCAACAUACUUAAAGCCACAGGGGCAAGUUAGUAAAUAUAAAACAUUGCCUAAACAACAUGAAAUAAACAGUCUAAUUUUGAAUUCUUUCUUUGUAGAAUUACUCACAAAUGUAUUAAUCUUCUUUACAUUCCGACAGGCUUAACAAUGUUGGCAUGGAAAUAAUCCAGUUGGACCUUUUAUUAGCCUGAAACUCCUAUCUGAGGUGGCUGUGUUGGCUUUCUCAACACAAGGGGUGCUAUAUUGAGAUUUGUGUGAAUCUCUGGUCACACUACACUUUGCGCUCCAUUUACUACCUUUCAAACACAUCUGAAUGCGAGAGACUAGAAAUGCAAGCUCAUGCUAAGAAAUAUUGCGUUACACAGUGGAUGAAAGUUUAAGUUUGGUGAACUCUGACCUGCAAAUCCUUAUGACAAGAGGACGCAACACCAAGAAGAUCGAAACGUCAUACGCUGACUACUUGGCCCUAUACAAAUUAUACAUAUUUCAAAGGUGCAUGUUUUAUUAUUGUAGUAAAUUGAGUAGACUGUAUAUUUUAACAUUUUGAAUAUAUUAUUAUUUAUUAUCUGUGAUGUAGUAUUUACUAAAUCCAGAAGCCCUCCCGCGUGACAUCAUAUCCUGGUCCAUUGGUCUGAACAAAUUGUGUGUGCUCAAAGCCUGUUCUUACUGCCCCUUGAACUGUCCACUUCUCAUUGAGUUUUCACUUUCAAGCCAACUACUGUUAUAAAAAUGCCACAGUUUGAAGAGAAUGUUGCCUUGUAAGUUAAAAUCAGUAUAUGUACAGCAACUUAACAAAUCCAGUUUAAUGGCACAGACGUUUAAAGGUAACUCUAUCGCCCCUUACUGAUUACUGAGGUUUGUUCCUGCCAUGGUAAUGUAAGCAUGCACGUUAAGCAUGUUCAGACCGCAAAUAUGUUUCGGCCUUUAGAUUCAGAUCCCUUUAUACUCAGUGGUUUAUUAAAAAGAAAAAAAAAGUGCAUUACAAGACUGCCAUUAUUUUAUGAUGUUAAACUUUGUGGAACACAAAUUCUGUAACGACUUCACUCUGGCAUUGGCCUAAACCAUGCUUAUGUGAACAGUUGAGUGUCUGAAAUAGGUUUCUUAAUGUCUUUUUCUAUUCUGAAAAAAAUGUAAUGUAUUGUAAUGGGACAAUGAGUACAAGUGAAUAUAAUACAAUGUGUGUGAGCUGUAAUAGAUGUUUUUUUUUAUUGUAGUUUGUUAAGGGGACUUGUCAAAUCAGGGCAGGAGAGAAAAAACUACUUUGACAAAAUGUCAGAAUUUCUUUUUUUUCUGUAUAGCAUUUCUGUUCAACUCUUGGUCGCUUGUGAAUUAAUUUAUUAAUUAAUUGUGUUUUGCUGGUGGACAAAAUAUGUACAAAGUAUGCAUUUGUGACUCUACUAACAUUAAUUUAUGCUAAGUGUCUUGAUUUUUGUGAAGCAAUAUGCCAAGCAAAGCCAGUAAAAUGUUAAA